GGGACUGGGACAUGUGGAUGCGUUUAGGUGAGGUACGGCGAGGCAGAGAGUGUAUUGUGCCUGAUGUGUCUCGCACCUACCACUUUGGCUCGUCAGGACUCAACAUGAACUCCUACUUCCAAGACACAUAUUUUAAAAAGCAUUCCUUCAACACUCUUCCUUACGUUGAGCUGAGAGACUUAGACAGUUUGAAAAAGGAGCCAUAUGAAGAGUUGAUAACAGAGCUGCUACGUCGGGGGACAAUGCUGGACCACUCACAGAACCCUUGUGAGGAAACCUUCGUGCCAGACACCACCGGCCACACAUACCUUCUCUUCAUCCAAAUGAACCACCACAAAGACUACACUACAUGGCUGCAAGUCGCCAAGUGCUUACGUAUAUGGGACCUUGAUGGCCGGGGCUACCACCAUGGCAUGUGGAGACUUAACAUCAAGUCCAACCCUGUCCUCAUAGUAGGCGUCCCCUUCUCACAGUAUUCGUAAG